CAUUUUUUACCCCAUAGAAAGCACUUUUAAGACUGUCACACUUGGAGAGAGUAUUCAUUUCAACAAUUUGGAUGUAAUUCAUAACUUUACACUUCUACCAAUCCACUUCAGCUUAAUCUAUAGAUAAGGAUAUCUGGUUUUAUUCAGAAGAGUUUUGAAUCUGCUAAAACGUCACAAAGAAAGUAUUCUCCAUACUCAACACACCAGCAGAUCUUCACCAGCUCAGUGAAAGCCAGAUACAUUGUUCCGUGCAACAAUGAAGACUUUGCAGACUAUUUUUUUUUUGUUUGUGUUUGUACCUUUGGUAAAUACAGCACCAUCUAUACAGCAAGAAUCACUCCAGUUUUAUGAGUAUGAUACAGAUGUUGCCAUGCGAAGCCUGAUCCAACAAGAUUAUGAAAUGCAAUCCAAGGAUAUAAGAAAGGAUGGAACAAAUGUUUCUCUUGACAUUUCCCUAAGACUGCAAGGGGAUGACAGUGAACGCAAUGUACCACCAACAAAGGAUACAAAUUUACCUACUUGUCUGCUCUGUGUGUGUUUAAGUGGAUCAGUGUACUGUGAGGAAAUAGACAUCGAAGCUGUACCCCCACUGCCAAAGGAAACAGCAUACCUUUAUGCACGAUUUAACAAAAUAAAAAGGAUAGCAGUCUCAGAUUUUGCUGACAUUACUACCUUGAGAAGAAUUGAUUUUAGUGGAAAUAGGAUAGAAGAAAUAGAAGAUGGAGCCUUUUCAAAGCUUCUGUUAUUGGAAGAACUUUCUCUUGCUGAAAAUCGACUUCUAAAACUUCCUGUUCUACCUCCCAAAUUAACAACAUUUAAUGCAAAUCAAAACAGAAUCAAGAGCAGAGGAAUCAAAGCAAAUGCUUUCAAGAAGCUGACAAAUUUGGCCUACCUCUACUUAGGACAUAACGCACUGGAAUCUGUUCCCCUUAACUUACCAGAAAGUCUGCGUAUUCUUCACCUUCAGUACAACAAUAUUACUACAAUCACCGAUGACACAUUCUGCAAAUCUAAUAACACACGAUACAUCCGCACACGUAUGGAUGAGAUAAGGAUGGAAGGGAAUCCGAUCCUCUUGGCAAAGCACGUUAAUGCUUUUUCCUGCUUGAAAACACUGCCUGUAGGAACAUACUACUAGCCACUAUGUACAUAAUUAUACAUGCUAAAACUUUAACAUGGUAACAGAAGAUCACUCUUUUUUCCUCUUUUACAUGUUUAUGUUCUCUCCCUUACUAAUACUAUUUUACCUGCAUACCCAGAACCUUUUACUAUGUUGAAAUGUGGUUCUCCUCUGAAAUAAUUAUUUCAAAACAGCCAUUUUAGUAGUUAUAAUGUCAUCCAUACUUUCAGAACCUUUUCUGUUAAUGAAAGUAUAAAAAUACAUAUAUGCACACACAUCUUCGCAACUUUUAUUUCACCACAUAUUCUUUACAUGUGGGUAAAAUCAUAUUGUUCACAUUCUUCACUGGCACCCUGAUCAAUCACUACAUUUUACUUUCGAAUAAGUACAAAACAUUCUUUGAGCAAGCUACGGAGGAAAAAAUACACCUUAAAUCAAAUCCCACUUUUUUAAUCUGAAACUCAGUUGACUUUCAAAUGCAUAUUGAAAAAAGUUGCAUACAAAAUGAAGUUAUGCUUAGAAACAGAACUUAUCAAAGCUUAACUUCAUUAAAUCUUCCUUAAAAACUUGGUUUGCUGAAAAUGGGAAUAACUCCUAUUUAGGCUUAGUGUACCAAGCAACAUAAAAAGUGGAACUUUUUGAGGAUGUGUUAAUCUAUUUCUAGUAUUCUGCUUUCAAAAUGAUUUAAGAGAGUGUGUGUAUAAAUAUAAAAUAUACGUAUUUUAUUUUUACGUAUUCUUAAUUGAAAUAUAUAAAUUUUGCUCAGCUGUACUUGCAAGAGUUAUUUUUGCAACACCAACUUCCCAUUUUAAUACAAUGGUCAAAGUACAGCAUAGCAUGACCCCAAGUAUCUUUGUUAUUAACAGAUGAUGUAAACUGAGCCUUGUUCCUUUGCUCUUUCUUGACAAGGAAAUGUGAAAAGACAAUUAACAACAAAGCUGAAUUAAUGUUUUUACCUGUAAAUAAGUAAGAUUUCAGCUAGAUGUCAGUGCAAAGAAAAAGAAGUACCCUUGUACAACAAUACUUAUGCUCAUUAGAGAAAAAUCAAAUCAGAUCUUUAAAAAGUUGAUUCUAUCAACAACUGCAUAAUUGUACUCAACUACUUUACACCGUGACGUAUAUUAAAAACACACAUUGAUGUGUGCAGGCCUCAACAGUUAGUUCACCUAAAACUAAACAGAAUUGAUAGAGGAUGCAAUGUUUUUAGUUACACAACUAUACAUUCCUGACAUUUCAUUUUCAGUUUCUCCCCUUCAAAACCUACCACAGGCAUAAAGUCUUCAGAUGAAUGAAUGUCAAAAGAGUGCUAGUUAUUAUUACCAGAUCAACUUUAUACUAAUUUUGAAGCUAGUAUAGAUUCCUAAUUCGUAGAUAUAGUUAGGCAUCAAAUGCAUGAUGAUGUAUCACUACAUCUAAAAUACUGAUUUUUACACAAUAUUUUGUAUUAGUUUUGUUUAUCUUAUUUAGCUACGCCUUGAUUUUUUAGUGCUUGUGCUAUGGGGAAUUAAGUGCACACUCAAUUCUGAACUUACUGAUGCUCUGCCACGAAGAAUGUUGAGACCUAAACAACUUUCAGUCACUUUUUAUGUAACUAUGUCAAGCAUCAAAUGCAGGCUCAUCUUUCUCAAAAAGAGAAUGCAAUUAUAAAAUGCAGGACAAAAAUAUUUUUGCCCUGAAUGCAUCACCCAGGAAAGACACAGCAAUCCCCAAUAUUUUUCAUUUUAAUUUAUUUGGUAUUAAAAAAAAAAUUUGCUUGUCUUAAUACAACUGAGAACAAAACCAAGUCUGCAAGUGAGAACGAAUACUUGCUUUUCAUUUCCCAUAUAAGUCAAGUCACAGAACUUUGAUGUUACCAGGUCUCUAGCAAAAGGUAAAAAAUAACCCCAAAGCAUGUAAAAAUAUAUUCCAACUUCAAGCUAAAUUUAUAAUAGGAAAAAAAAGCCACCAAUUGUCUCAUCCCUCUUUUGAUAAAUUCCUAAGAUGGAGCAAACACAAAGAGACAUCUAAGUGUAAUAACGUUACGUAAGCAGUGGUCUCUGAUCUUAUUACAAAUCAUUAUUACUAAAUAAAUUUCAGUAUUAAUAGGAUCAGUAUCACUAGAACUCUACUUGUGUAAACAUGUAGAAUUUUUUUCAUAACUAUAUGCACAUUUAUGUAAUAUAUACACACAUGUAAACAUUGAGACCUAACCACUACCAUAUAAUUAAUUUUACAUUAAAAUGUUGUAUAUAUUUUUGAAAGAGUACUAAAUAUCAAAAGUAACGCUAAUUAACACUUAUUUUGUGAGCAAACCAAACUAGACAACAGUACCUUCUGAAUGCCUCAUGCAGGCAAUAAAUUAUCUGAUAUGUUUUAAUUUACUUUCUCCAUUCAUAGCAAGUUAACUCAUCAAACAUGAAGUGAGAAGGGCUUCAGUAUGCAGGAUUUUUUUGCCUUCUAUUUGUGUGACCAGUAUUAAUAUCAAGCUGAAUGUACACCAUUCUAUUUUUUUCCUAUCACUCCUGUCUGUAUUUCCAAUAAAACUUGAAUAUUUUUUUCUUCCA